AUGCUACUGGCUCUCAUAACUGGACAACGUUGUCAAACUAUUCACAAACUUAACAUACACCUUAUGCAGAAAUUGCCAGGGAAAUACAUAUUCACCCUUGGGGAAAAGCUCAAACACACUAAGCCAGGAACUCAUCAAAAACCAAUAGAACUCUCGAGCUGUGCAGACAGGGACCUGUGUGUUGUUCGCCAUUUAGACGAAUACAUUCAUCGGACGACAUCAAUACGAACAGACAAUUCACAAUUGUUAAUCAGUUGUAUAAAACCACACAAUCCGAUAUCGAAAGAUACGGCAGCGUGUUGGAUCAAUGAAGUACUCAGAGAUGUAGGCAUCGACACAAAUAUAUAUUCUUCGCACAGUAGCAGAGCGGCUGCAACAUCAUAUGGAUUCGCGAUGGGAGCUAGACUUACCGAAAUUCUUGAAGCAGCGGGCUGGUUCAACGCUCAGACGUUCGCCUCAUAUUAUCAAAAACCAAUUGUGACAGACACGUUGGGAACUAAUAUUAUGCAGGCGUUUGCAGCAGAUGCUGAACGAGAUCGAGUUUAG